AUGGCGAGGAAACGAGCGACUAAGGACUCCAAUAGAGUGAGAGAGAGCCAAGAAAAAUCACAAAUUCGUGAAGGGAUUGACAUGGUGAAUCCAGUGAGCACAGUUGUGAAGACGAAAUCGAGGAUGAAUAGAGAGGGUAUUCCGCAUUUGAACUUUGAUGAUGCUGAUGAACUGGAGAAUUUCAUUCUAUCUCUUGCUCAAUCGAUUCAGGAAUUGAUUCAAGGUUCAAGGCAGAAGUCGCAAUUGAAUGAUUGGUUGAAUGUUAUGGCUGAUCCUGCAACUCGGGGUACUGUUCGAUUGGAGGAAAACAGAGCAUCUACGAUUGAGAGAAUUUGGGGAGAUAAGAAUGUUGAUAAGGUGAUACCAUUAAAGAAGGGUAUAUUCUUAAUUCGAUUUCUGAAUAAUGAAACAAAGGAAAAGGCAUUAAAUGCUUGGCAUGUGAUGUUUGAUAAGAGACCUGUGUUCUUGAAGCAAUGGGAGGAUGGGAUGGAACUUAGUGCUGAUGAGUUUACUAGGGUCCCUGUUUGGGUUCAAUUACCAAAAUUACCUCUGAAAUAUUGGGGGAAGUCUUAUUUGGAGAAGAUUGUUUGUUUAAUUGGGACUCCAAUUAGACCUGAUUUAGCUACUCAAAUGAAGGAUAGGGUUUCUUAUGCUAGGUACUUGGUAGAAAUUGAUGUUAAUGGACAGUUUGAUGAGAUAAUAGAAUUUGUGUCUGAGAUAGGAACGUCUAUUCAGCAGCAAGUGGUUUAUGAGUGGAAUCCUGUGAAAUGUGAUGUUUGUAAGAACAUGGGCCAUGAAGUGAAAGACUGCAGGAAGGGGAAGAAGGUUUGGAAGCCUAAGGUGGUACAAGGUGAUGUUCCUGUUCCAGUAAAGGAUGUCUUGGAGAAAAAGGAUAAUCAGGAAGAUAAAGAGGGGUGGGUUGCUUCUCAUAGGAAGACUAGGUCAGUUCUGAAAAGUAAUGCUCAAAUUCCCACUAGGAAUGCUUUUGAUGGCCUGCAACAUAAGGAGGUGCUAUUUGGGGAUCUAAAUGGGCAUAAUGUUGUUGUCUGGGGUGGGGUGCUGAUGAUAAUGAUUUGGGUGUUGUUCCUGGAAAUGGAGUAG